UGCUUUUAUUGAUUGUGCUGUCCUAAUUUUUGUUUUCACUUAGCUUCCUCCGGACAUCAAAGGAAACGACGGGAAGCGUCACACCUACGCGAGCAUACUUUCAUCGUGAACGGCUCGGAUCGACGACACGCGGCGCUUCAUAGGACGCAUCGGCGUCGCAAAAAUAUAGUCCCAUUCCCACCGUCUUUGCCGUGCGCAUUCGUUCAAGGCAAUCUUCUGUUCGGCGAGGUUUUGUGCUGAUGUUUAUCUCAAUGGUUUGUUGUACCCCUUUUGUCCUGUUCCUCGUCUCGCCUUUUCUAGGAUAUGUAUCGUCGUUUUGUGGUUCUGAUGUAAUCGCUCGUUAUGGCAGUCUCGGUCUAAGGUCUCGUCUUCUUCCUCUCAUUUAUAUGGUCUCUCCUGACGUCUCUGGCUUCGGUCUCUAUGUACUUGUUCGGUGUUCGUCUCGGAUUGCUCUUGCAUAUAUCUGGUCUCCCUUUCAGCCGCGCGAGUGGCUUUUCUACUCCGGCCAUCGCUGGUAUUUCGCCUCGAGUGCGAAAUGAUGAACUCUCCUACCAUUGUAAUGUAAAUCACACGACUAUCGAUAUCUCACGUCCUG